GCGAACGACAUGCAGUUUCAUUUAUUUGCGCCCAUAUUCCUUAUUCUGCUGUUUAAGUCACCUUUAAUUAAUUUCAGGUCAUCCGUGCUCGGUAUUUUGGCGUGUUUGGGCGUAAUCGCUGCGUCAACAAUCACGCAUCUGGCAGUGGUGCUCGCACAUGAUUACCCGCCGGCGCCGCUUCUUACAGCCCAUUUGCAGAUGUUAGUGGCUUUUUUGCAGCCUUAUUCCCGGCUUUUGGGAAACCGUUUAAACUUUUUCCCAGUCUUUGGGAAUUGUCAGAGAUGCGGGAACAAAUUUCCCUAUAUCCGUUGUACGCCGUAUGCGAUGGGUUUAUUGAUUGGUUUUGCGCUGCAUAAAUUUGGUCUGAAACCGGUUUUCCCGAAGUGGAAAAUAGCACUGGGAUGGGUCGUUUCGAUGACGUUCGGCUUUGGCGCUGUUUUUGGCUUGUUCGAUUACGCACGGACCGGGGAGAUUAGCGACUGGAUGAGGAUCGCUUACGUGCUCGUGGGCAGAAAUGGAUAUGCGCUGAGUCUGGCUUGGGUGACGUUCGCAUGUGCCACUGGUUAUGGAGGUUCGUCGUUUUUUGAUUGGUUGGGGUUUUGA